AUGGGUGGUGGUCAGUUGAUCAUAAAGAUGAGACUGAGACCUCCACUUGAGCCUCUCAAGAAUGUUAAAGGUCAGUGCGAGAUAAAACAGGGCGCUAUCAGCUGCACGUUUGGGGACCCACCGCCAAUCACGGGGCGACUUGACAUCGUCCGUCCAGUUACCGCCGGCACAAUUGUCCUCCGUUACUGCAUCAGCCAAGUCCAAGGGUCGGCGAUCGGGAUACCCGCUUCGAGGGAUUCGGAAAGAUUGCUCCACUCUUCGCCAGAGCCGAAGAAUGGCAGUCCUUCGAAUGCCAAAAUUUUGAGAGAUCGCUUAUCAAUUCAUCAUGGCCUUGUCCAACUGAGUAAUCCAGAGUACCCCGCUAGAUAGAGUUUCCGGAGAAGGCUAACCAGUCAUUUGAGGUAUGGGUCCGUAUUUAUCAAUUGUAUCUGGGCGCUUUCAG